AUGCGCAGCAAAGUACCAGUAGGCAAGUCCUCACUUCGUCCUCACGUGCAGGUGAAUAACCACGGGCGAAUUAACUCGCCCGGCGAUGACAUCCGUGUAGCCAUAGUGAAGAACGCGAGCAAGGCGGGAAGUCCUACCGCCGCCUCCGGUGCGAGCUGUGACAGGGACGAUGGAGAUGAAGAGAACGCCGACGACGCAGAGGAGGAUUGGCCGGAGAACGGCCACGACGACAGCGCUUCGGGCGACGAAUUAGGUCCUGCCGACAUCGAGGAGGACAACUGGUGGAAUCGGCCGGUCGGGAGCAAGCGGGCUGGUGAUUCCGACAACGACGGAGGUGAAAAUGCGCAUGGUGACAACGCAGAGGCAGCGGCGGAUGCACAGGAAGCGGCGGUGGAUGCAAAUGAGGAGGCUGACGACGAGGCGGGGGCGGAACUUGAGACAGUUGCGCCUGCGGAUGCGGCCGCAAUUGCGGAUGCGGAUGCUGUGGCGGAGUCGGACAAGGUUGCUGCGGAUGCCGUCUUAUUUGACGAGGAAGGCGGCGACCACGACCCAUGGAGCCUUGGGACCGACGACGACGUUUCGCUACUAAAGCGGAGGCUGCGCCAUCGCCUACAAUCCAAGUCGGAGCGGGCCCGCGUGGUGCUCUCUGACGACGACGGUCCGGGGGAGGAGCGUCGCCCGAUACUCACCGCUGCGGAGAAGGGGAAAGCCAAGGUUGCGGAAGCCCCUGCUAAGGCCCCUACUAAGGCCCCUGCUUGUCGCUGCAAAAGCAACAAGAAGUGGACAUCCGACGGAUACCCGAGAUCCAGCAAGGGUGCGGCUAAGAAGAAGGCGAAGAAGGCGCCGAAUCCUGACGACAUCGUCGUGAACGAGACGCUGGGCAGCCACGAUGACCCCGACGCCGCCCUUCCCGGCCCCGGCGCCGCCUCUGCUGGCCCCGUCGCCUACCCCUGCGGCCCCGGCACCGCCCUUCCCGGCCCCGGCGCCGCCCUUCCCGGCCCCGGCGCCGACUCUGCUGGCCCCGUCCCCUACCCUGCGCCCCCGGCGCUGCCUCUACCGGCCCCGCCGCCGUCCCCGCGCGGCCCCGCCGUCACCACCAAGCCGCCGGCGCCGCCGACCUACUGCCGAGCCGCCCGAGCCACCUAA